UCUGUUCCGCGGUGCUCUUUCACUGGUGAGCCCAAAAGUACGAAAUUUCUCGUCAGAUCUCGCUCUUCGAUCACCUUCAGUUUCCACAAAUCCUCAAAUUUGGGACCAAAUUUUUCGUUCGUGUAGCUCGAUCGAAUCGAUUACUCCAUUUCCCCUUCGAUCCGAUUCACCGGAUUAGGGUUUCUUCAUCUCUCCCCCCCUCUCUCUUUCUCUCUCGCGCGCGGAUGAGCUUCGCUUCGUAAGUGAUGCCCUAAUUUUGGUGAGAUUUGGGGAUUUUCGGGGGGAUUAGAGGGGUAUUUAGCUGCGAUUGAGGGAUCUGGGCGCGGUAGAGGCGAUGUUUUGGAGGGAGAGGGAGAGGGGAAGCAGCAGGGAGCAGAACGGGGGCCCGCCCUGCGGCCAAGUCCGAGUCCUCGUCGUUGGGGAUUCAGGGGUAGGGAAAACAUCAUUGGUAAAUCUAAUUCUGAAGGGUUCUGCAAUCGCUCGGCCGGCUCAAACUAUCGGCUGCACAGUAGGAGUGAAACAUAUUACUUAUGGAAGCGCUGGGAGCUCUUCCAAUGGCAUAAAAGGUGAUACCGAGAGAAACUUCUUUGUUGAGCUUUGGGAUAUCUCAGGUCACGAACGAUACAAGGACUGCCGAUCUCUUUUCUAUACACAAAUCAAUGGUGUUAUAUUUGUUCAUGAUCUGACACAAAGAAGGACGAAAACAAACUUGCAGAAGUGGGCGGCGGAGAUUUCAGCAACCGGGACAUUCUCAGCUCCUUUGGGAUCUGGUGGGCCCGGUGGCCUUCCUGUUCCUUACCUAGUUAUUGCUAACAAAGCUGAUAUUUCUGCGAAGGAAGGAACUAGGAUUAGCAGUGGGAAUCUUGUUGAUGUCGCUAGGCAGUGGGUGGAGAAGCAGGGCUUGCUCCCAUCUAGUGAAGAAUUGCCUCUAACUGAGAGCUUUCCUGGCAGUUCAGGACUCCUUGCUGCUGCCAAAGAGGCAAGAUAUGACAAAGAAGCUGUGAUCAAGUUUUUUCGGAUGUUAAUCAGGAGAAGAUAUUUCUCUGAUGAGCUUCCUGCCUCAAAUGCCUGGUCUGCCUCUCCGGUGCAGACCUCCACCCAUUUAGGCGAGAAUUUAAGUGAUGAUGAUCACUUUCACAAGCGGCUGAGUUUUAGCAGCGGCAAUUACAAGUACAAUACACUGGCCCCUCUUCCGGCCCAGCGAAACCUCACACCACCUCCAACACUCAAUCCACAGCAGCCCAUGUCCGCAUCGGAGAACUACAGCUUUCAAAGAUAUUCAGCAUCCAGCCUGCCUGAAAUUGGCAGCAUCAAAUCGAGUCGAGCUGAUAUCAAUGUUUGACUUUGCCAUGCAAACAGAUAGUCUUCCGAUAUGGAAAGAACAUGCCAGUCAAAGUGAUUUACCGAUGCGGAUAAGCACUCACCUGUGGUAGAACAUUGUACAAUUGAUUGUUGAAACACUGAAAUGGAUAGAUAACAAAUGAUUCUUUUGCAGUUAGCUCCCUCCUACAUCUGAGUUUGUGAAAGAUGUUUUCUUUUUCCUUUUUUUUUUUGAGAAAAACCACGUGUUAAUUCAUGUGAGAGAGGAAAUUUCGUCAGCUGUAUCUUGUUGCUGUAAAAACUUUUCCCGUUACCUCUGUGCUAGUAAAAACGAUACCUUCAUUCAUUUUGUAAUUUCA